GCCAUGGUGUGAGGGCAGUGAUUGAGGCGGCCGGCCCGGCGAGGCACGGCUUCGCUCGGUAACAUGUCUGGGCCGAGCGCCGUGUCGGACCCCCAGCACCCGGCGAGGCUGCUGCGGGCCCUCAGCUCCUUCCGCGAGGAGAGCCGCUUCUGCGACGCGCACCUGGUGCUGGAGGGGGAAGAGAUCCCGGUGCAGAAGAACAUCCUGGCGGCCGCCAGCCCCUACAUCAGAACAAAAUUGAAUUAUAAUCCUCCAAAGGAUGAUGGCUCAACAUACAAGAUUGAACUUGAAGGGAUAUCUGUUGAUAUCAUGAAAGAGAUACUAGACUACAUCUUCAGUGGGCAGAUCAGGCUAAAUGAAGAAACUAUCCAAGAUGUGGUACAAGCAGCUGAUCUCCUGCUGCUUACAGACUUAAAAACUCUCUGCUGUGAGUUUUUAGAAGGUUGCAUAGCUGCUGAGAACUGUAUUGGUAUUCGGGACUUUGCACUGCACUAUUGUUUGCAUCAUGUUCACUACCUUGCCUCAGAGUAUCUGGAAACUCACUUUCGAGAUGUCAGCAGCACAGAGGAAUUCUUGGAACUGACUCCUCAAAAACUGAAAGAAGUGCUGUCGAUGGAAAAGCUCAAUGUUGGAAAUGAAAAAUACGUCUUUGAAGCAGUGAUUAGGUGGAUUUCUCAUGAUUCUGAAUCAAGAAAGGUUCACAUGAAGGAUGUCAUGUCAGCAGUGUGGGUUUCUGGCUUAGAUUCAGCAUAUUUACGUGAGCAGAUGAUGAGUGAACCGCUGGUAAGGGAGAUUGUCAAAGAGUGCAACAACAUUCCCCUCACACCACCGCAGCAGGGAGAGGCGAUGCUGGCCUCCUUCAAGCCCCGGGGCUACUCUGAGUGUAUAGUGACUGUUGGUGGAGAAGAACGAGUAUCACGGAAACCAACCUCAGUGAUGCGGUGUAUGUGUCCUCUUUAUGAUCCCAAUAGACAGCUCUGGAUUGAACUUGCUCCUAUGAGUAUUCCAAGGAUCAAUCAUGGAGUAUUGUCAGCAGAAGGAUUUUUAUUCGUGCUUGGUGGUCAGGAUGAAAACAAGGGAACACUAAGCUCUGGAGAGAAAUACGAUCCAGACACCAAUUCAUGGAGCUCCUUACCACCAAUGAAUGAGGCACGACAUAAUUUUGGUGUGGUAGAAAUUGAUGGAAUUCUGUAUAUCCUGGGAGGUGAGGAUGGUGAAAGGGAGCUCAUCUCUAUGGAGAGCUAUGAUAUUUAUAGCCGGACCUGGACCAAGCAGCCAGACUUGACCAUGGUUAGAAAGAUUGGCUGCUAUGCAGCUAUGAAGAAGAAAAUCUAUGCAAUGGGUGGAGGCUCCUAUGGAAAACUCUUUGAAUCUGUUGAGUGUUAUGACCCUAGGACUCAGCAGUGGACAGCAAUCUGUCCUCUGAAAGAGAGAAGGUUUGGGGCAGUGGCCUGUGGAGUUGCCUCAGAGCUUUAUGUAUUUGGUGGCGUCAGGAGUCGUGAUGACAGUCAAGCCAGUGAGAUGGUGACGUGCAAAUCUGAAUUUUAUCAUGAUGAAUUUAAAAGGUGGAUUUAUCUAAAUGACCAGAACCUAUGUAUCCCAACUAGUUCUUCUUUCGUGUAUGGAGCUGUGCCCAUUGGAGCCAGCAUAUAUGUGAUUGGAGAUCUUGAUACAGGUACAAAUUAUGACUAUGUUAGAGAAUUUAAGAGGAGCACGGGAACCUGGCAGCGCACUAAACCACUGUUCCCAUCAGACCUCCGCCGCACUGGCUGCGCGGCUUUGCGGAUCGCUAACUGCAAGCUCUUUCGACUGCAACUUCAACAGGGGUUAUUCCGCAUCCGCGUACCUUCUCCGUGAGCUGUAUGCUGACAGAGGAGGAGACUGGAAGAAUUCUGCGCAGUCCACCAUAAUAUAGCUCUAUAUAAAGGAAAAGCUGAGAAAUUACAGCUGAAACUUACACUGUAUGCUGUGCUUUGGUAUGGUAACUGUUUUUGUUUUAAAUGCUUAAAAAGCUUGAGUCUCAGUUCUUGUUUCGGGAGCAAAUAACUUAAGUAUACAUUAAAAAGAAGAGAGGGGGGAAAAUUAAAAGGGGAUUAAGGAAACACCUUCAGUCGUAGCCAUCUGGAAGAUUAGAACUGUGUUAUCGAAGGAGGUUUUUUUGUCUGAAAUAGGUGGGAAUUGGUAUUCCUUUGGCAAAGCUUAUUGACAGUAAGAUUUAAGAUGUGUUUCCCCUGAGGGGAACUGAUAAGACUUAAUGUGCUAUCUUGGACUGGAUAGCUGUAAUACACAGAAGCUAUAUGAUAACCAACCUCUCUGGUAUACUGGUUUGAUCAUAAUGCCAUAGAAGAUGUUGGUUGUUGCACCUUUGAUUUCUGGUCCUUUCUCAAAAGUUAAGGUCUGUGCCUAAAAAUGUUGGAGGUGUGUACAUACGGUUUUUUUUCAUUCAUUUGCAAUGGUUUCAUUCCUACAGAUAUUUUUAAUAUAUUUAAAAUGGACUAACCUGAAAUGGAUACAGGAUACUACAGAGAAGUAAACCAUGCUUUUCUAUGCUGUCAUUUGGACAGCCUGAUGAAUUGGUGUACAGGUGGGUGGGAUGUGUUCCUGUGUGGGCUCUGGUGGCUGUUUCCUUGAAGUAAAAAGGAAACGGUGAUUGCAGGGGUUAAUAAUGAUUGCAGCUUUUGCUUUAAAAUCAGCAAAACUUGACAAAUUAAAGAAAAUAGGUGUGUUCCUUUGUACUUCAGAUCAUUUGCUAACUAAAAAUGGUUUUAAAGACUGGGGAUUAUAGGAAAGUGCAGUUUAUUUCUGAUAGAACAAAGGUGAAAUAUGACAAGCCUGUAUUUGUUUUUUCAGAAAACAUGAUUUUUCGACUAAAAUUAAGAAAAAUUUCUACAGUGAUUUAAAAUUGUGAUCGAAAGUUGGUUUACUAAUGAUUUCUGUGCUAAGGUAUAGUCUUGUUUACUGCUGUCUGACUUUGAAAGCUGGAUUUAUGGUAUGGUUAUAGUGAAGAAUUUAGUGUCUUGCCCUGUUUUUCUUACUAAGUCUUGUUCACAUCAGUAGUGGUAUUUUUCUGAGUUUUGUUCGUAGUCAAGAUCAGCUGGUAGAACACUUUUACCUCAAUUUUUAAUUUCAUUAUUGUUGUGAUGGGUGGGGCAUAACCUGUAUUUAUUUAAAAUGAAUAAAAGAGGGAGAUGGAAAUAGAAAUAAGACCUCCUGCCCUUCAGAAAAAGAGACUUUGUAUAACCAGUAUUAUAACUGCAUACAAUACUUUCCACUCUGCAACUCUGUGGACCUCAGACUAACCAAUCUCUGCCCUCAGUUGCUAGUGUAAACCUUCAUCUUUACGGGAUCAUCUUAGGUAUGCUGAAAUACAAUCCCAAAGUAGUACAAAAUAGUUAUAUUUCACGAAAUAUUCCUUGAAGAGACAUUCUUAAACUUACUUCUGCUCAGUCUCCAUAGCGCUGGUGUGUAGUUGGAAUUACUGGGAUUCUGAGCAAAAGAAUGGGGGAUAAAAAGAGGGCAGCAGCCAAACCCUUGACCAUUAUUUAUUUUAUUUUUUAUUUUUUACAAUGCUGAAGUGCUGCAAAACUUGAAUUAUAUACAUCAAUUUUCUGACCUAUAUUAGUUGGCAUAUUAGAAAGUUUAUAUAUUUAUGCAUUGCAGUAAACUUGGUGUAUGUGUAUAUAUAUAUAUGUCUUCAGAUUUUAAAUUUAUAUAUAAUGCUUUACUACAGAAAUGUGAACUAUUUCCAUCCUUGGCUGUCUUGUGAAAUAAAUCAAGUGCUGUUAGUUUAUCUGUAAAACUUCCCUUUUUUGAAAAAUCUCACAUUGUUCAAUUAUUUUUUUUUCCUUAGACAAGUGCCAAGAUCCCGUGUUGAAAAGUGAUGAAUGUUUCCUAAGUAUCUAUUUCACUUUUGAGCUGUUUUCUAAGUGGCUUACAAAAGGUUUGAAAAUGUUAUUCAGAAUAUUGCAGGCUGCUAUCUCUUGAAUCCCUGUAGCUUCCCAGUAUGUUUGAAGUCAUUCAGCAUCCAGAAACCCCAAGUAAUAAAUGCACAUAAUAAAUCCAAAUUGUAUAUGCUGUA